AUGCCAAAAGAAAUGACUUUCUCAUCAAAAUGGCUACUAAAUACGGACUCGACAGGAAAAUCAUAUGGUAUUUGGCUGCGUCAAGGAAAAAAAAAGACUGCAUUCAUAUGUACUGCAUGCAAUGUAGAACUGAGCUGUGCCAACGGAGGAUGGAGCAAUGUAAAAAAUCAUGCAGAAACGUCGAAACAUGUACAAUCUGUCAAUGAUACUUUGGAAUUCGCACUACUUAACUCUUCUAAUACACCAAAACUACCAUCGAUUAAUAUUCGAACAACGGGAAGCUCGAAUAUCUCGACUAGUUCAUUGGCAACAACUGGAGCAACAACAAACAGGUCAUCUGGUAUUCAAAUUAAAAAUAAUUCAGACCGAACAUGGACUCAUACUGAAAAAGUUAUGCGCGCGGAAUGCUAUUGGACCAUGGCGACUGCACAACUUGGCUUUAGUUAUGAUGCAUCACAAAACAUACCACAACUUUUUGCAUUGAUGUUUCCCGAUAGUAGAAUUGCCACUGAUUUAGCAAAGAAAGAUUGUCAGGUCUCGUAUGUAAUGGUGCAUGGAACUGCUCAGUUUUUUGUGCACGAACUCGUUAAGGAUGUGCUUGACGCUCCUGCUUACUCGUUGGUAUUUGACGAAAAUACUAUUGUAGGAGGACCCAAACAACUAGAUGUGCAUAUUCGAUAUUGGAGUGAAUAUAAACAUGGUAUUACGACACGUUAUUGGAGAAGUAUUGUAUAUACAAACGGAACAUCUGAAAUCAUCGGUCGCUAUUUGAUCGAUUUAUUGAAAGUAGAUGGUCUUGAUUUGUGUAAACUUUUUCAAUUGGGUGAACUUAUUACAAACCGGGAUAAUACGAACGUAAAUAAACCCAUUGAAGUGAUGCUGGAGAAAGAAGUUCGAUCAGAUCGAGAAAUCAAAACAGGCUUUGCAGUUGGCAAAGGUCUAGUGACCAUUGGGUCGUGUCCAUUGCAUGCAAUCCAAAAUGCUUUCAUGAAUGGUUUUACAGCAAGCAAGUGGCAGAUCGAAGACAUUCUCUACGACUUUUCAUUUUUCUUUGCUCAAUCAUCGGCUCGUUCUCAAGAUUAUUUGAAAGUAACGGAAACUAUCGACGAAGGUUUCGAUCGAUUUUUAAAACAAUUUGUUGUACCACGCUGGAUCGAAAUCGGUUCCAUCAUAGAACGAAUCAUCAAGCAAUGGCCCAUUCUCAUCGAUUAUUUCAUUACAUAUUUACCUAAAGUUAACAAAACAAUUGCGACUAAUGAUAGAUGGAGACGAAUAAAAGAUCUCCUCGAACGGAAACAAAUAUUAGUUCUCUUUCAUUUCUUCCAAUAUUUAUAUAAACAUCCAUUCUGGAAACGUCUAGUUUGGCUACAAAAACAGAAACUGAUCGUUCAUAUACUCUACGAAGAAUGUACUGAUUUCCUGCGCAAUGUUUUACAAUGCUUCGUGAAAGAUGAUUUAUUAAUAAACAAAACAGGCAAGCAGUUACUCACAGUACAAUUCGAUGUACAACUCAAUCAAAAACUUGAAUCAAAAAUCGAAAUUGGCGAUUCAACGCGGCUUGCUCUCAAUGAGUUAUCUGCGAAUGACAGAAAUGUAUUCUUUAAAGAUGUUCGUGAUAUUUACGUCAUGAUUACACGAGAACUAUUACGUUUAUUACCCCUUGGCAACGAUCUGUUGCGACAUCUCCAAUUUAUGCAUCCUCUAGUAAGACAACAAGAAUCUGCUCGAACUAGUCUGAUGAUUGUUGCACGUGAUCUACCGCAAAUGUUAUCGGGAAAUGACAUUGACGAGUUGCAUGCUGAAUGGCGUAUGUACGAAGACGAAAAUAUUCCAGAUGAAUGGUACGAGCAGGUGAGUGUUACCAGUGAACUACCUCAAACCACUCGAUACCAUCCUAUCGACUAUUACUGGAAACAUGUACUUUCAAUUAAGAACAGUUCGGGCAAUGUAAAAUUUGUUGUGUUAGGAAAGCUUGUCAAGAGUCUUCUUUCACUAUCGCACGGUAAUAGUGACAUCGAGUCUGAUUUAAGUGAAAAUGAAAUGUUCGUCACUGAUGAUCGCUCAUCAUUGAACAUCGCUACGAUCAAUGGUCUACGAGCUACGAAAGAGGGUGUCAGAUUUUACGGUGCAGGAAAAGUACAUGAAGUUCCAGUCUCCAAGGCACUUGUGGAUAGCAUCGAUCUGGCAUAUUCUCGAUAUAGUACUGAUCAAGAGAAAACGCAACAAAUUAUCAAAGAUAAAGAAGCUUUGAAUGCUUCGGUGCAAUUACUCAAAGAGAAUGAGUUACGACUAGCUGAAAACGAGCAGAAAUUAAUUGACGAACAGAAAAGUUUACAAAAUGAACUCGACAAUGCAUCCAAAAUGCUCGAUGAGGCUAAUUAUCGUCUUCAAGCUGCCAUUACGGCCAAGAAUUUUGGUGACAUUAAAACUGCUCAUCUACUCAUUGAGAGUGUAAGCAAGAAAAUGGGCUUCUUGCGAACGCAACUGCGUAGAAACAGUGAUUAUCUAAGUGAAAUUAGAAAAAAAUUGAGAUAUGAAUAA